AUGUCAAACGCUGUCAGUAGUAGGGGGCCUGGAAGAGGGAAGCCGAAUCAAGGUAAGUUUUGAGAAAAAGUUCCGGAUUCUAAUCGCUUGAAGGUUAUCUUAUAGAUCAUAAUGUAGCUCCAUUGCCAGAUCAGCAAUUCGUGAUGCCUGUGGUCGCUCAAGUCGGCCAGAUGAGGUAAAACUGUGUUCAGAAUCAUCAAAAAUUAAGAGUUGCAAAUUUUUCAGCUAUCGACCAAUGCCUCCGACUCAGAUGCAGUCGCAACAAUUCACAUCGUACGGAAAUCCUCCACCGCCGUUCGUUCAGUCUGGACACUUUUAUCAGCAGCAACAGCAACCUGCUCAACAGCAAUCACAACAGCAUCACCAGUCGCAAUAGUACGUUAUAGUAACAAACACUUUAAAGAAUAUUUCGUUUCAGCGGUUAUCGAUCUGAUUACCAUCCGGCAAUGUACAAUCAGUACUCGUAUCAAGGUCCACCGCAAGGUUAUCCCACAGAAGCUGUGAACUAUCAGCCUCAGCAUCAGAUAACGCCUCAAAAUCCACCUGUGGUUCCGGAACAACAAAGAAGAAAGAAGAAUGUUCUUGCGAUCGUUGAUCCGACCACCAAAAAGGCAAUCGAAGUGCCGCCUCUUACGACAGCAGCUGCGCCAGUUGUGCCUCCACCACCUCUUGCCUCCGAAGUUGCUGAAAAGAAAGAGCAGUUUAGUAAAGAAUUCAUGGACAAAGUCAAGCAAGGUUUUUUAUGCCUCUGACCAGUUUCUGAAUGUUUUUUCAGGAUUGAAAGGAGAUGCUGCACAAACUUCAUCCGUUACAAAACCUGUUUCUUUGCCGAAUUUCAGUGUUCCUCCACCGCAGUUUAUUCCUCCUGUCAAAGAGCAGAUCUCAGCCCAAGAAUCAGUUACGGAAACGCCGGUCCAGCAAAAUGACAUAAUUUCCAACGUGAAACCACCGACGAAGAAUGACGUGUGAGUAGAUGGACAUUUUUAAAGGAGGCAUCCGGGGAGAAAAUUGAAAAAUAAUUUGACGCUGCAGAAAUGUACCUUGACGUUGUUCGGUAUCACCCCAAAACCACAGAUUUUUACGAUGUCUCUCCUGAUUUUACUCAAUUUUUCAGCAGCAACUUGCUGUUCGUCGACUUUUUCAAUAUUCCGAAACAAAUAAUGUUUUCUCCAGAUUCACACGCUCAAAAAUGUUUUCCCGCUGGGUAUUCUAGGGAUUCUUUCCAUCGACCAUUGGAAAUGACCCAACUCGUCAAGAGCAUUUUUUUGUUUUUAGUAAUUUACCGUAAUCUGUUUUUUGUCGACUUGAAGUAUUUCUAGUGACCGGUGGAAAGACCCUCAGAAUAAAUGCGUGAAUCUGGAGAAAACAUGAUUUGUUUAAUUGUAAGGAAGUUGUCCGGUCGCCACACUCCAUUUCUUCAACAUUAAUUUAAUUUUGGAAGUCGUCGUUAGCUGAUUUCAUAUCAGUCGACCGGUGACCGUUGGCGGAAACUUAAAUUUUAAUUUUCAAUGUUCCCGUCACGACCCCGUGCGAACGCCGAUCAAACUCACAAAUAAUCGGGUAUCCGAUUAGCUUUGAACGGGGUGGUCCCGUCUGGUGGUAUCAAGGGGCGUAUUCCAUGGUACGAUGCCCAUUCCUUCUUUCCGUCAAAUAGUUCCCAGUCCAGGUUAUCUUCCUUGUGUCUUAGGUGGUACCUUUCGCCCACACACCUACUUUUCCGAUACCUGACAAACGAUAACUGAGUUCCCUCCAGGCCAUGAUGCUCGUUAUGAGAAUUGUGGAUUGCCACACCUAGCAUGGUAGUUUUCGCAUUGCUGAAACUCCUAAUAAUGAAAAUAAUGAAAAAUAUAUUUCAGAUGUGCUACAAAGCAAGCCGAAGGAGCUGUUACCUCUGUCCCAGCACUGUUAGAGGAUACAUCUAAGAAGCCCAGCCUACUUGUGGAAUCGCCUACUAAUGGAGCCGCCGAAACUGCGGCUGGAACUGAAGAAAGAGCCACGAUCGCCCUUCAAAUGGAGGAUUCUAAGGAAGAGAUUGAAGAUGAUAAGUUCGAUGAGAACGACAGUGAAUGUGGGCCUUCUCCAACUCUCGAGGAGAAUAGCGAGAAUUCGAUUGAAAAGAGUCCUGAAGAACUCGCAAAAGAGAAAGCUCAGAAAGAAGCCGAAGAGAAGGAGAAACAGAAGCUUCACGAGGAAGCGCUAGAUCGACGUAUCGAAGAUCUCAUUAUAUCUGGCGAUGGUGAUAUUCCGAAUGGAACCUACGGGCGUGACUUUAUGGUUGCUGUGCGCGAUUAUGAGAAAGCCUUCUCUCAUACCCCGUGUCCACUUACUCCACAGAAACUUUCUGAAUUCGGGUUGGAUAUCAAGACAAUGCGAAUUACCGACAGUAAGAAGCUUCUUCACCCCUUCACCCCUAACUGGGUGCCAAAUAAUAAAACAGGAAACCGUCAGCCAAAUGUGAGUUUUGAAAUUCUGUUUUUAGAAUUUCAUUUUUUUUUCAGGCGUAUCGUGGGAGAACCACCACUGACGGGACUGGACGGGGAGCUCAACCUCGUGAAAGAGGACAACACAACAAACGUCCGCCCACCGUCAGAGCCUCUAUCGAAAGAGUCACGCGUGUAACUUUGGCAUCGUCCAAAGAUGCUUGGAAGCCAGAACGUCAGAAGAACAGUGAUAACGUUCCAGAAGAAGAAGUAACUGUCAAGGUAAAACAUGUUCAUAUUGAAGGAAGAAUAACCCGUUUUUCAGGAAGUCUGCAAGAAGGUUCGAUCGCUGAUGAACAAGAUCACACCAACUUCACAAAUUCCUUUGACAAAGGAGUUUAUUUCGUAUAAUGUUUCAUCGGAUGACUCUCAACUUGGUCAAGUUGUCAAUAUUGUUUUCGACAAAGCCGUCGAAGAGCCAAAGUUUUGUGCGUUGUAUGCAGAGUUGUGUAGAGCACAAGUCGAAUUCGAAAUCAAGUCUUGCGGCGGAAAGUCUUUGUUCCGCAAUAAAGUUCUUACAAGGACCCAGUCGACGUUCCAAACCAAAAGCGAUGUUGACGAAGAGCGAAUGGCAAUCAUUGAAAAAGAAGAGGAUCCCGCCAAACGAGAUAUUUUGGCUGCUGAGGAACGACAGAAGUUUAGGAGACGAAAGUUCGGUGUGAUGACCUUCAUCGGUCAUCUGUAUCGAAAUCAACUUUUGUCUACAAAGAUUGUUCAAACAUGCACAUUCGAGCUUUUCGCAUCUAUUCUCCCGAAAAAACAAGACGAUAAAGAACUUGAGCUGAGAAAGGAGGACGUUGACGAGGAAUCAGUGCACUGUGCCCUCCAGUUGAUCGAGACUGUUGGUCCACUGCUUGACAAAUCGAAAGACACUAACACACUAUUUUUGGAUCAAUGGUUCCAGAAAUUGGAGGCUGCAAAGCCAUAUUGUUCUAACAAAAUUCGGUUCAUGAUUAUGAACUUGAUUGAAUUGAGAAGCAGCAAGUGGGUUCCAAGGAAAUCAGUGGAGUCUGGACCGAAAAAAAUUGAUGAGAUCCAUAACGACAUUCGCCAAGAAAAAAUUGAAAACGAGAAAGCGAGAGAUCAAUAUGAUCGUGAUCGUGAUCGCCGUCACGGAGGCGGAUCCGGCGGAGGCGUUCGGACCAAUAGCAAUUCUAUGAGGAAACAAGGACCAGUUUCUCGGAACUCUAUCGAGCGUCCAAAGGGACCUCAGCACCCAGAGCAGAAAAGAGCUGCAGCCGCAGCCAACACCAAACUUGCAUCGUCUAGUAAGUUGUUUUUACGGUCCUGUCAUGUAAAUAUUCUUUAUUCAGAUGUACAGCCGAAGAACAUAUCGUUGUCGUCGUCGAUGAAUGAUUCGACGCUCGGCAAAAGCAAGAAAGAGUGGCUUACAGGAGCUUCUGGAGGCGGAAACACAUCUGAGUCGCCAAAAUCUGCCUGGGUGCGUCGUGAUAGCAACGAUCAGAGAAAGAAAUCAAUGGUCGAUGAAAAGCAAUCGGCUCUGGCUGCUGCUAAAGAGUUCGGUGCCUUGUCCAUGUCUUCGCGACGAUCUACUUCACAGAACUCGAUCACUGACAAGGUUGACGAGGAACUGACAGAGGAAGACAAGGUCAGAAGAGAGAAGAUCAAGAGUUCAGUACACAACGAUAUCAAGGAAGUAGUCGCCGGAGAUCUCCCUCUGAAAGAUCUCUCUAUCAAUGAUUACGUCGGAUUGGAAAGAUAUGCCAAGCCGUCUCUGAGUGCGGUCUACGAAUUAGUCAUCAGAUCUGUCAGCGAUAGAGGUUUCAAAGAUGAGGAGAAGCUCGUGUUGGCGCACGUUCUCAGACUUUCGUUGACCGGAAAAGAAGAGAAGCAAGCUUUCAUUGACGGGUAAUUUAAAAAGUGAUCCGAAGAAAAAUUAUUACUGUUCUUAUUUAGAGUUACAAGGUUCUGCAAAUUUGCUGUCGAGGCUGAACUUUGGCAUGACUUCCCACAGGUCUGGACCACGACAGCUGAAGUUCUGGUGAACACGAUGCACGUUCCACAAGAAGUCAUCGGCGAAAAAGAAACUGAGCGCCUCGCAUUAAAUGAGAUGGGGUCAAUUUUCUUGACCGCGAAAAUGGAAGGAAAGAAAAAGUUCGCACUAUUCGUCAGUGUUUUAAAGCAGCUUGUUAGUUUCCUAUGCUCUAGUCUCGUUUAAAAUAAAAUCAUUCCAGGUAGAAAUUGAAAUGAAAGAGAACGGCGGUCAACCAGAAGCCCUAUCAUGGGACUUCCAGGAUUUACCAUACAAAGCUGAAAUGGAGAAGGACGGACUGAGCAACGAGUUGGAUGAAACGACAACGAAGUGCAAUCAAAAUUUGUUCGAACUUUUGAAAUCUGAAACCUGA